UCAUUUGUCAUUGCUAACUUGAGAUUCAUAUUGAUAUUGACAACGGAGCUGCGAAUAAGCAAUAAACUCGCAUGCCUGUCUUUCGUUCGUAAAUAAUCAUUUGAUACACACGUGCACACAGAACUCCGGGAAAAAUGGUCGCGAAAAGGAAGAAGAAGUACGAGUCAGGAGAGGGUUCAGCCUACAUGUCAAGGAGGGCUGCAUUAAAGAAAUUGCAGCUCACACUGAAAGAUUUCAGAAAACUAUGCAUCUUGAAGGGCGUAUAUCCAAGGGAACCAAGGAAAAGGAAGGUUGCCCAGAAAGGAGCAACUGGUAUUCAGACGUUGUACUCGAAAAAGGACAUUCUUUUCCUUGCUGCAGACCCCAUAUUAUGGAAGAUGCGAGAGUUCAAGUCACACUUCAAAAAGGUUGGACGUGCAAGAGCAAUGAACAAUCAGGACCAACUGAGACGUUUCCUGAAAAGGCAUCCGACACUUCCUUUGGAUCACAUUGUGAAAGAACGGUACCCAUCUUUCAACGAUGCACUCCGUGAUCUUGAUGACUGCCUGACACUCCUUUUCCUCUUCUCCACUUUUCCUUCUUUGAAAGCUGUACCUCGUGACCACAGUGAACUGUGUCAGAGAUUAACAAUGGAAUUUCUUCAUGUUGUUAUUGCUGCCAAAGCUUUACGUAAAGUGUUUGUGUCUAUCAAAGGCUAUUAUUUCCAAGCAGAGUUGAGAGGUGAAACAAUUACCUGGAUUGUCCCUCAUCAUUUCUCUUUCCAGCCUCAAAACAAAUCAGAAGUUGACUUCAAAGUCAUGUCCCAUUUUGUAGAAUUCUAUUGUGUUAUGUUAGGCUUUGUUAAUUUCCGUCUUUAUAAUCAACUUAAUUUAUAUUAUCCUCCUAAACUCACUCAAUCAACUGGUGAUGACAUAGAGAAAACUCUUGUUGAUGAAAAUGCUUAUGUCUCAGAGCGUAUUGCCUCACUUAAUGUAGAAUUAGCUCGCAGUGGAGGAAAUGAUCCUAUAGAAGAAGAAGAACAGCAACUUGAUCAGUUUGCUUUGUCUGACAAUCCUGAGCAAAUGGAAAAAAUGCGCAAAGAUAUUGAGAGAUCAAGAAAAGUUAAAACACUUUUCAAAGGCCUUAAAAUAUUUGUUAACCGUGAAGUUCCCAGAGAACCUAUUGUCUUCUGUGUCCGUGCUUUGGGAGGUGAGGUAUCUUGGGACAAAACCCUCUUUGUUGGUUCAACUUUUGAUGAAGAUGAUGAAUCAAUCACUCAUCAGAUAGUUGACAGACCCAGCAUGGAAAAACAAUACAUUUCAAGGUAUUAUGUUCAACCCCAGUGGAUAUUUGACUCAGUAAAUGCUGCAGAAGUGUUACCUAUUGAGCGUUACUUGAUGGGUGCAAUCUUACCACCCCACCUGUCUCCAUUCCUAGAUGAAACCCGUGACCAACGGUACAAACCUCCGGAAGAACUAGAGUUACUUGGACUAGAAGUACCCGCGCAACUCAAAAAGGCUCAGGAAACAAGUGAUGGAAGUGAUGAAGAGAGUGAUGCCGAAAAUGCUGAGGAAGAUAAGGAAGAGGAAGAUGAAGAGGAACACUCUGGAGAAGAGUCAAGUGGUGAUGGUGAAGGAGAUGAAGAGGAUGAAAACAUUGACAAGGAGGAAAAGGAGAGAUUAGAAAAGAAAAAGAAAAUGGCUGUGACAAGAGGGAAGCUUGAGAAAGAAGAUCCUUCCCUUGAACGACGAGAAGCAUAUUCAGAGUAUAAAUUAAGAGAAAAGAUGAUCAAAAACAAGCACAGAAAGCUCUACAAGAGUAUGAUGGAAGGAAGGACAAAGCGGAAGAAGGAAGCUUGGCUCUUACGUAAGAAGAGGAGGCGUGUGGAAGAGGAAGAAGGAGCAGCAAAAAAAGCAGCCAGGAAGGAAAAGAAAAAAGCAGCGGCUGCUAUGGAAGCCUGAUGAAGCAGGUCAUUACCACCAUUGAUUUUGUAAAUACUGGAAAGCUUGACAAAUUUAUAUUAAAACAAAUUGUUGUCAGAA